GUGGAUAUGCCCCUUCUCCCCGCCCUACGCCGUCCCGCGGCCGAGUUGAUAAACUCGGACGCGGGGCCCUGGGGCUGUCCCCGGGCACCGAGGAGGAAGGCGCCCCUCACCAUGGCUGCGCGGUCUCUCCUGCUGAUCCGCGGCGGGCGCGUGGUCAACGACGACUGCUCGCAGGAGGCCGACGUGCUGGUGGAGGACGGCGUGGUGCGGGCGGUGGGGCGCCACCUGCUGCCGCCCGGGGACGCGCCCGCCGGGCUGCGGGUCCUCGACGCCGCCAGCAAGCUGGUCCUGCCCGGCGGCAUCGACACGCACACACACAUGCAGUUCCCCUUCAUGGGCUCGCGCUCCGUGGACGACUUCCAUCUGGGCACCAAGGCUGCCCUGGCAGGAGGCACCACCAUGAUCAUUGAUUUUGCUAUUCCACACAAAGGCCACUCCCUCAUUGAGGCCUUUGACACCUGGCGAAGCUGGGCUGAUCCCAAAGUCUGCUGCGACUAUAGCCUUCAUGUGGCGGUGACGUGGUGGAGUGACCAGGUUAAAGAAGAAAUGAAAAUCCUCACCCAGGAUAAAGGUGUGAACUCCUUCAAGAUGUUUAUGGCUUAUAAAGAUAUGUACAUGGUGAGAGAUGUGGAGCUGUACGAGGCCUUCUCUCGGUGCAAGGAGAUCGGAGCCAUUGCUCAAGUUCAUGCCGAAAAUGGAGACCUAAUUGCGGAGGGAGCAAAGAAGAUGUUGGCGUUGGGGAUAACGGGUCCCGAGGGCCAUGAGCUGUGCCGUCCAGAAGCGGUGGAGGCAGAAGCCACGCUGAGGGCCAUCACCAUAGCCAGCGCCGUGAACUGCCCUCUCUACAUCGUGCACGUGAUGAGCAAGUCUGCGGCAAAGGUGGUGGCGGAUGCCCGGAGAGAUGGGAAGGUGGUCUACGGAGAACCCAUCGCAGCAGGUCUCGGCACAGAUGGCACCCACCACUGGGAUAGAGAAUGGCUCCAUGCCGCCCACCAUGUUAUGGGUCCACCGCUGCGACCGGACCCUUCAACGCCUGACUUCCUCAUGAAUCUGUUGGCUAACGAUGACCUAACCACAACAGGGUCUGACAACUGUACUUUCAACAGCUGCCAGAAAGCUCUUGGGAAGGAUGAUUUUACCAAGAUUCCCAAUGGAGUGAAUGGUGUUGAGGACCGGAUGUCGAUAAUAUGGGAAAAAGGCGUGCACAGUGGCAAGAUGGAUGAAAACCGGUUUGUGGCAGUUACCAGCACAAACGCAGCUAAAAUCUUUAACCUCUAUCCAAGAAAAGGAAGAAUAGCUGUGGGCUCAGAUGCUGACAUUGUGAUUUGGGACCCAAAAGCCACAAGGACCAUUUCGGCAAAAACUCAUCAUCAGGCCGUCAACUUCAACAUCUUCGAGGGCAUGGUUUGCCAUGGGGUGCCCCUGGUGACUAUUUCAAGAGGCAAAGUGGUAUAUGAAGCUGGAGUUUUCAGUGUCUCAGCAGGAGAUGGGAAGUUUAUUCCUCGUAAACCGUUUGCUGAAUAUAUUUACAAACGGAUCAAGCAGCGGGACCAGACUUGCACACCUACCCCCGUGAAGCGUGAACCCUAUAAAGGAGAAGUCGUCACACUGACAUCCAGAGGGACAAAAGAAGACUCCACGCAUGGGACCAGGAAACAGGCCCAGCCCUGACCACAUGCUGACGAGGGAAAAUAAUGACUUCAACAGUGGAAGAUUCUGCGGAGCCCAUCUUAACUAAGCGAAGAAAGAUUGCCUCACCAGUAACGAGGCGUGUCAGCACGACCUACCCUGAUCUCGUGCAUUGAGGUGAGCAUGUCAGCACUUCUGUGGUACUGUUGCUAAAAAAUACGUCUCCGGGGUUUCCUUACUAGGAAACAUCGGACAAACCCAAGUCAAAGGACAUUUUACUAAAUAACUGGCAGCACUCUUCAGAAGUGUCAAGGUCAUGAAAGAAAAAGAAAGAGACACUAAGGAACUGUCCCCAAUCAGACGAGAGUAAGGAACUAUAGCAAACAAAUACAAUGCGUGAGCCUGGACUGGAUCAAGGACCAGUCCUUGGGACAUUAAUGGGAUGUCAGUGGAACAUUGGUGAAAAUCCAAUGAGUUUUAUAGAUUCUGCAUUUUCCAAAGGCUGUUACCUGGUUUCAACAGUUGUGCUGCAGUUAUAUAAGAUGGUAACUUUCAGAGAUGAGGGGUGAUGGGUAGAUGGAACGUGGUACUAUUUUGCAAUGUUUUUGUAAGUCUGAAAAAUUUUCAAAAUGAAAAGUUUAAAAAAUUUGAUGUUUCUUUCUUUCCUACUCGGACACCAUAGAGAAAACAGAAUCAGUAUUUUUUUUUUCCUUAGGUAAUAUCGGGGAAAUAUGUCUCUGUGCUACACAGUAUACAUUGAGUAUCAUGAAAAAGAGGCCCAAGGUGAACAUUGUAACCAGUCUUUCAUAUGAUUUUAAUAAAUGUGUUCUCUAAAUAAAUGUGGCUGGAAGAUUUGGUAAAAGAGGAAAAACCAAAGAGACCCAGGAAAGUAGAGGGUAGGAGAGAGGAGAUGGUGGGAAGAACUUGGGAGCUGCUGGAGAUGGGUUUUGGAAAGAGUUCUUGAAUAAGGGUGCAGAAGGCAGACAGACAGUUGUGAGAAUAGGAAAUAGCCAUGAAGGAUGUUAAGGAGGGCAGAGAAGGGACAGAAGCACUGAAAGAUAUUUUCCUGGCAUCAUACAUGUAUGCUCCCCUUCAUAUUUGCUUGUGAGUCUAUAGUAGAGAUUUUGAUUUUUUCCAAUUUUUUUCUUUGAAUAUUAAUCUAUGCUGAGACUCAUCCUUGCAGGGCCUGGGUUAUUGUCCUGUUACACAGACACACAGUCCAGACCACGUGUCUGGUCUGUGAGACAGACAGCUUCACCAUUUACCUGGGAGCCCUUUAUGGAAAAAAGUGGCUUGACCCUGCAAACUCAAGCCGCUGAAGGACCCUGCUGUGCAGUUCUCUCUUGCUGGGGAUGAGAACGGGCUGCUGUCAGUAGCCUUGAGAACAAUCGCUGGCACAGGGUGGACGAAGAGCUGUGUGGGGUCUCUGCUGGGUUGUCUUCACCGGCAAUGUCCAUUUGUUUCUUCCCAAUCACUUCUAAGAUCGGAAGCCAGAAAUGAAUCUGAAAAGACACAAAGUUGGAUGAAUGAGCAUUAGAAUUAUUUCAGUUGCCACUGACAUAAACUUUUCAAAAGACUUUGAAAAUGGCCAGAAAAGCUUGUUCUUAAGAAUUGUUUUGGUCUUUCAUUGUCUAUGAAAUAUUUUCCGAUUCUGUAAGUUGUAGAUGGCUGAUGGCAACAAUACAAAUGAUUCUUGUCCAUAGGCAUGCAAAUGAAUUUCACCCAGUAGAAUACAACUGAUCCUCCCAUCCACCCUGUUGGAACAAGCCAGUUUUACAUCUAUUAAGCAAAUUAAUUUUGGUCUUCUCAGUGGUUUGUAUAUAUGUGUGUGAUUUAAGUUGUUCUUUGAAUUGGUUGGAAUUUCUUACUGUUCCCUUUUUAAUUAAUAAGUUGAAUAAAGUCUUUGAUGAGUGUUCAUUUUA